GUGAGAAGGCUCGAUGGAGGCUGAUCGUCGUACAUAAACAAGCAAGAAACAUUCAACACAAACAAGCGAGAAACAUCCAAGCGUCUGUCAGGUCGACGUCAGGUCGUCGGCCACUCCAGCGCGGUGUGUUGCAAGUGCUUUAGCGAUGGAAGCUGCGUUGAAGAAGGAGUUGGGGACAUCCAUGUUGAAGUGUGCAGGACAGGCCGCCGGGGGCUGCAUCAGCCAGGGUCAGAGUUAUGACACCGACACCGGCAGAGUGUUUGUCAAGAUGAACCACAAGAGCCAGGCCAAAGUAAUGUUCGAUGGGGAAAUGGCCAGUUUGGAGGCCAUAUUAAAGACAGAAAGUGUCAAAGUCCCCAGACCCGUGAAGGUGUUUCAGUUGGAGACUGGAGGGUGUGCGUUUGUUAUGGAACACUUGGACAUGCAUGGUCUGAACAAAUAUUCAAAGCAACUUGGCGAUCAGCUGGCUGAACUUCAUCUCCACAACAAGAGACAGCUGGAGAAAGUCAGCAAAGAGCAGCAGACAGUUGGGAAAGGAGCUGGUCAGUCAGAGUAUGUGGACAAAUUUGGGUUCUCUACCACCACGUGCUGUGGAUACAUCGCACAGGAAAAUGACUGGCAGGAUGACUGGGUGACAUUUUUUACACGCCACAGGCUUCAGUUUCAGUUCAACCUUCUGGAGGAAUCUAAGGGUGAUAGAGAAGCCAGAGAGCUUUGGGCAGAGCUUCAGCUGAAGAUGCCACCGUUUUUCAAAGAGAUGGAGAUUGUCCCCGCUCUCCUCCACGGAGACCUGUGGGGAGGCAACGUGGCAGAAUCGGGCGACGGGCCGGUCAUCUUCGACCCCGCUUCCUUCUACGGCCAUUCAGAGUAUGAGUUGGGAAUCUCUCGUAUGUUCGGAGGGUUUAACGACUCCUUUUACUCCGCUUACCACCAUAAAUUACCCAAGACGCCUGGCUUUGCAAAGAGGAACCAGCUUUAUCAACUUUAUCACUACCUGAACCACUGGAACCACUUUGGCGGCGGCUACAGAGGCUCAUCAAUCGGUGUGAUGAAGGACUUGCUCAAAUAACUGCACUCAGGCUCUUUUCGGUUCAUGUGGAACAUGCGUACCAUACAAUGUGACGCAUCACACACUUCCACUCCUUUCAUUACAGCACGCCCGAAAAGGAGUAGGAAGAAGCAGAGCUUAUGUAAUCCUACACUCUUAGAAAUAGAAGUGCUAAGUAGAACCAUAUAUGGUUCUUCGGCUCGUCCUCAUAGGAGAACCCUUUUUGGCUCCAGGUAGAACCUUUUUUUAUAAAGGUUCCACCUGGAACCCUUUUGGAGGGUUCUACCUAGAACUGUGUGUGUAAGGUUCCACCCAGAACCCCCCAUGAGAGGUUCUACAAAGAACCCACGCAGGGAGUUCCACUAAUAACCCUUUCGUAUUUCAAGGGUUUCAUCUAGAACCCACACAGGGAGUUCCACUAAGAACCCUUUUGUAUUUCAAGGGUUUCAUCUAGAAC